UUCUUUUCACUUAUUCAUUAUGAGUCGAGUUUGGUUUAAGAUUAUUUUUCCUCAAAAGUCAGAAAUAUGUAUUGUACCAUUGAUUACCCUUGGGUUGGCAUCAAAUUACUUAUCAGAAUUGAAGGACAAUACAAGAACCGCUUUUGACCUGGACAAAGACUAUGACUUCUAUUUCACUUUUAUUGAUAAUGAAGGAGAUGAGAUUUCCAUCAAAAAUAAUUCUGACCUGUUUAACCGUAUUGUUUCAGCAGACGCUCAUACCAAUACCAAUAUCAAGCUUAAAAUAAUUCCUGCUGGUCAUCAAAACUUCAAUAUAACUGAUCAAAAAGAACCCAACGUAUCCGAAUCCAUUCAAUCCAUGAUGAAACAUUUGGAAUUGGGAAUAAACAAUCUCCAAGCAACCGUCGAAAGAAGCGCAGCAACCACAGUAGAUAACGUUGUCAAAACUGCUGCAGAAACAGCUGCACAAGUCUAUCGCUCACUCUUGUCGACACCUAGUUUAUCUGAACAACCUCAGUUUGAUGUUAUCUGUGAUGGAUGCUAUUCUCCUAUUAGAGGUCAAAGAUACCGUUGUGAAACUUGUGAUGAUUUUGAUUUAUGCAGUACUUGUAAAUCGCGUGUGAACCAUAAUCCAAGCCAUAAUUUCCGACAUAUCAGUACAGUCAACAACAAUAUUCCUUUAAGUACGCCUGAGCCUUAUGUUUCUGAUGAAAGCUCCUGUAGUAGCUAUUGGACACAUAACUUGUUUAUUUGUGAUUAUUGUGAUACUGAGAUUGUUGGUAUUCGACAUACGUGUGGUGCUUGUCCAGACUUUGAUGUUUGCCAUUCGUGCUUCUCUACUGUCAAAGAGAACCAUCCUAGACAACACACCUUUGUCACUCGUCUGGUUGGAGCACAAGCAGCCAACCGAAACCUCACCAGACGAAGAAAUAAGCAUACGACAUCACAUGAUAUGGUUCCCACAACAAAGCAUGUUGGAGUCCGAUGUGAUUCUUGCGAUGUAUCCAUUGAAGGUAUUCGUUUCAAGUGUGGACACUGUGCCAACUAUGAUUUGUGCGAGACUUGUGAAGAACAUGCUUUUUCGAUUCAUGACAAAAACCAUGUCUUUAUUAAAAUAAGACGUCCUAUCCGAAGCAUUACAGACAUACCUUUAUUACCCAGAUUCAAUUUUCUGUAUCCAGAACCAGUCAAACAAACAAACAAGACAUCAGAAUCAUCUUCAAGUAGAUCAAAUUCUGUAGAUAUCAUCUCAAAACCAGAAGAAAUCAAUAGUUCAACUUCUCUGCCAGGACCUAUCAUUGCUGCUUCGUUUGUUGCAGACUUGAACAUUCCUGACGGUACCAUUAUCGUACCCAAAAAGACAUUUAUCAAGAUGUGGAAAGUGAAAAACACUGGUAAUGUUGAAUGGCCUAUUGGGUCACAUCUCUUGUUCAACGGAGGAUCCAUUUUGAGACCCUAUCCUAUUUCUCGUCCAGACUGCUUUGCUGUUCCAGUCAUAGCUCCCAAUGAAGAAACAUGUGUCUCUGCUGAGCUUCAAGCGCCUGACUCACCUGGUAGCUAUACUAGUUUUUUCUGUUUAUGUGCACCAAAUGGUGAACGUUUUGGCGAUAAUUUGUGGUGCACAAUAACCGUAGAUGAAGAUCUUGAGCCUGAUAAAGGCCAUAGUAAUACGGCAACAUCAUCAAAGUCACCUGUUAUGAUAAAUUCGCAUACAAUGAUAUAUCCAAAAAUUUCCACGUCACCUUUAUUACAUGAUUCAGACAAAGAGCAAGAACAUUUUGAAGAAGUGUCUCAUACAGAUUUAGAAGUUCAUGAUAACUCUUCAGAAACUACAGGAGACCAUGCUUCAGACAGAAGUCGAGGACGCUUUGAUGAAAUGUUACACUUAGGCGAACAAGAAGAAAAAUCGAGACAACAUAUUAAAUACGAUGGUGACAAUUCAUCAGAGACAACAGGAGACCAUAAUUCAACCGUCGAAACAAAUACUACAUAUACUUACACAGAUAGUCAAGUCAGUAGUCCUACACCAUCCGAACUUGAUCUUGGCGAUUGUAAUAAUCACAGAUUCGAUUCAGAUAUCGACAGUGAUGAAUUCUCUAACCAUGCUUAUCAUGUAAUUAGUCCUUCAGCUAGUGUUACAAUCACGUUUGAUCAUGAAAGAAAUACAUUGAAUAGUGUUGAGGAAGAAGAAGAUUUUGUUUUGAUUGAAGAGCAGGACAAAGUAACAACAAUUGAAAUUAAAGAUGCAUCGAAUAUUUCUGUAGGACAUAGCGAUCUCGUUUCUUCUGCACAUUCAACAAAUACUAUUACCCCAAAUGAAAUACAAUCAGUCUAUGAAGAUUUGCCUUAUCGAUCACAACUUUUGCAGUUGCAUGAAAUGGGAUUCACGUCCUAUGAUGAUUUGGCCUUGAGUCUCUUGAGAUUGUAUAAAGGGGAAUUGGACAAAGUAGUUUCUAAACUUCUCGAGUAUCCAUAAUCUCUUUUCUCUUUAAACCAAUUAUUUAAUAUGUAUAUUUUAAAUAAAUCAGUAUCUAUGAA